AUGGACCCACCAGUUGAGCGCACUCCGCCGCCUCCUCCGAGCCCCGCGCUCGGGGCUGCAGGCAACGCGUCCACUCCCGGUGCGAUUACGGCGAUGAUGUACGACCCUACCCUUAAAUCGGCGGUGUCGGCGCUCGCGCAUCAUCUAGUUCAGCCACUCGCUCCUCACUACCCGCAUUCCCUGCUGAUGGACCUCCGCGACUGUCUCGCCUCCAAAUUUACAAACGAGUUCAGCCCCACGUGGAUUGAAAACUUACCGCGCUUUGGUUCGGGCUCGCGCUCCCUCAUCUCCGACCACAUCCAUGGCCUCCCUCUUAUCCUCCGGGACGCCGCCAGGGCCCAUGGUAUCGACACGGCGAUCUGGACCGCUGCCAUCGCCACGCUCCGCAAGAAGAAGAUAGACGACGGCCAAAGCGACUUCUGGGAAGCCUGGUGCGACCCCGGUACCAUUUUCUGGCGCUGGGGCGGAUGGGGUUGGGACGAUACCGAUUUUCCUGUAAAGAGCCGCCCUGAAAAUUGCGUUCUCAUCUGGCAGGGGUCCCCCAUCGGCAACGCCGCCAGUCCGAUCGCCGAGCUGAGCUCGCCCCUUGCCGCCACCCCGCUUCGCUCUAUGGCGAUCCCCAUCCGCGCCCCUGGCAUCACGAACAUCCCUUCCACGCCCUCCCCCGCGCCAUCUGCAGCCUCGGUUUCAAGUGCACCCGUCGUCCCCCACUCGCCCUCCCCCGUCUACCCGAGCGAGUUCCGUGCGCCUAACCGCCCGAGCUCUGGAGCUGGCGCCCGCACCUCCCACAUGCGUACUGCGUCGGCGCGCUCUGGUCCCGGCCACCAGGGCCAGGCGAGCACUAGCUCGACGGGUUCCGACUCGAGUGACACGGGCUCGCAGCAGCUCCUGACGCCAGCCAGUCGCCCCGGCUCGGCAGACCUCCUUCCUGAAGGCAAGGACGAGCAGCGCGGUCGCGACCCCUCUCCGGCGCGCAAUGAGCCAACCGUCACCCCGUAUGACGGCGGCAACGUCACUGUCCUCGGCGGCGGGACCAAGCUCGGCGGCUCGCGCCCCAGCUCGGUCAUGAGCCACCGCACCCGCUCGCCCAGCAUCAGCGUCGCGGCUCGCGCACUCGGCACCGCCGUUGGCACUAACGCCAACGGCGGGGUUAUGCGCAAGCAGCGCUCGCGCAACAUGCGCCGUAUUACUCCGGUGUACGUCGGCGGCAUUGCACAGCCUGGCAUUGGCGGCCCUAUGAUGAGCGCGUUCACGCCUCCCCUCAAGAACCAGUCCGGCAUGCAGUACUGGCCUCACGGGCAGCCCGGAGCGGCUGGCGUCGGCGUCGGCGUUGGUGUGGGCCCGCCCCCUGUCGGCAGCAUGGGUCUCGCCAACCAGAUGGGCAUGGCCAUGAACAAGCGCAUCUAG